AUGCAUCACAGCUUAUGUUACCUUUACGGCGGCAGCAGGCCGUGGGAUGCCGCAGCCUGGGUAGAAUCGUCGGACCGUGUGCGCGGCGGCUCGAGCGAGGCCAAUCUUGAAGUUGAGGGCUCGGGCACAGUACGAUUCUAUGGCACGCUGGACACAACGACCCUCGGCGGUGCUGGCUUUGCGUCGCAACAUAGCCGCGGCAUCAUUGACCUAGACUUGUCGGCAUACGACGGAAUAGCGAUCGCGGUGAAAAGCUCAACGGACGGCAAGAGAUAUGCACUGACUCUCAAAGACUGCCUCUUACCCAAUAGAGAUGAUGGUAGAGAGCAGAGCACCGUUAGCUGGCAGGCAGAAUUCGUUCCCAGUAGCGCCGGUCAUGUUUUCCUUUCUUGGAAAGCCUUCAAGCCAACCUACCGUGGCCGGGAUAAAACAGAUGCGGCGCCGCUCGAUAUCGCCGGUAUCAAGCGCAUCGGACUGAUGAUGCGGAGCUUUUUCGACAAACAAUACGGCUCGUUUUCUCUCGAGAUUGAGUCGAUUGCAGCAUACCGCACCACCGACAGUAUCAGAGAGCUUCAUGACGACGAUGAAGUGACUCUACUAGGCCACGUUGAAGAAGGCCAUUGUUCCAAGACUUCAGACCAAGCAUGUGAACAAGAGAAACCCGCGCGACGACCGCGAGCGUGGAGGCGUCUGUUCUGCGGGCUCCUAUAA